AUGGAUUUAACUACAUUGAAAGCUCAGAGAAAAGGACUGAGGGCGUCUUUUACCCUCAGUAUGAAAAAAAUUGAAGCUGAACUUUUGAAGGAAAUUACUGGUUCGGAUGAACUUUUAAUUUUAAGAAAUCAGAUUUCUGACAAAUUCAAGCGGCUAGAUGAUUGUCAGAGCAUAAUAUCUGAGCUGUUGUUGAAAGAUAAAAAUGCCGAGGAGGCUUAUUAUAAAGAUUGUGAAGAAGCAGAAAAUUAUCGGGACAAGUUUAUUCAAAUUUGCUCUCUGCUUGAUUUAAAGUUUGAAAAUGUUCAGCGUAAUGGGAACAUUAGUAAGCGCAACUUUAAGCUUCCGACGAUAGAACUUAAAAAGUUUAACGGCGAAGCAAGAGAAUUUUUAAAUUUUUGGAGCCAAUUCAAGAAAAUCCAUGAGGACAAGGGCAUUGAUAAUGAAGAUAAAAUGCAAUAUUUAAUUCAAUCGAUGGAACCUGGUUCGAAGGCAGAAAGAUUAGUGCUGAGUUUCCCUGCUACCGGAGAAAAUUAUAGUAAAGCAAUACAGCAGUUAAAGGAAAGAUUUGGCCGUGAUGAUCUGCUGGUGCAAGUAUAUGUUCGAGAUUUAUUGAGAUUAAUUAUGAAAAAUGCUGCCGCAGGACGGGGGAAAGCUGAUCUUCCAUCCCUCUAUGACGAAUUGGAAGGAAAACUUCGUGCGUUGGAAACUCUUGGACGGACCAAAGAGAAGUAUGGAGAUUUCUUGACACCUUUGGUUGAGAGCUGUCUGCCGGAAGAAAUUUUAGUGACGUGGGAAAGAAGCCGUAACCAUGAUUUAACCGAAGAUAAGAACUGUCGCACUUUAGAGCAGUUAAUGAACUUUCUUCGCCAAGAAGUCAAUGGAGAAGAAAUGGUUCGCCUCGCAAGAACUGGCUUCGGCACGAACUCAAAUUUGCGCAAACGAGAGCCCACAACUGAGAAGGAAAGCGACCUAGCGACAGCUGCAGCGUUAGUGAAUCAGAAUGCUGUUCUUAAUCUUUCUUCCAAACACUUGACUUCAGAUCAGCUUAAUGCUCUCAAACUUAAUAACAAUUUUGCUUCUGGUUCAAAACCUUCUUUUCCUAAGUUGGUUGCUCCAAUUGAGAAAGCCUUUAGAUUUAGUGCUCUCACUGCUUCUCAAAAGGACUCUAUUAGGCAUAUCAUUGCCAAUACUGUGGAUUUCAAUUCCAAAUGGACUUCAAAUACUUUUAGCAAGCAUGCUAAUUCUUCCAUCAAAGUUUUGUGUUCUGAUCCUGAUCUAGUUGUUACUAAGGCUGAUAAAGGUGGCCAAAUUGUUAUUUUUGACAAAAGUUCAUAUUUAGAUAAAUGUAAUGAGCUCAUUGCGUUUGGUCCUUAUGUGACACUUCACAAAGACCCUAGUAUUAGAGGUUAA